AUGGAGCCCGAGAUGCAGGCGGCGGAGGAGGGGCCCAGCGCGCCCCGCAUCUACAAGCAGCGCAGCCCCUACAGCGUCCUCAAGACGUUCCCCAGCCGGCGGCCGGCGCUGGCCAAGCGCUACGACAGACCCUCUCUGCUAGAGCUGUCGCCCGCGCGGCCGUCCCCGCUGCCGCCGCCGCCGCCGCCGCCGCCCUUCGCCUCGCUCGCCGCCGUGCCCAUCAGCAGCAGCGAGCCGCCGCCGUUCCCGACGCAGCCGUCCUACCCGGCCGGCUCAGGCCGGGCCCCCGCCGCCGCCGCCGCCUCGUCGUCGUCGCCGUCCUGCACACCCGCCGCGCCCCCGGGACACCCGAGGACUCCGGCGCCACAGCCGCCGCCGCCGCCGCCGCCUCCGCCGCCCCUCGCGGCCCCCGCCGCCUCGUCGUCGUCGUCCUUCGCCGCCGUCGUCAGGUACGGCCCUGGCCCGGCGACCGGCGCGGGCAGCAGCGGCGCGGGUAGCGACGGCGCCAGCCUGGAGCUCAGUGCAGAGAGCCGGAUGAUCUUGGAUGCCUUUGCCCAACAGUGCAGUCGUGUUCUUAGUCUAUUAAAUUGUGGAGGAAAGCUUCUGGACUCCAGCCACCCUCAGUCCAUGAUUUCUUGCGUCAAGCAGGAAGGCUCUAGUUACAACGAAAGACAGGACCAGUGUCACAUCGUAAAAGGGGUCCAGAGUCAGACCUCUGACAACAUAGACAUAGAAAUGCAAUAUAUGCAAAGAAAACAACAAACUUCUGCCUUUUUGAGAGUGUUCACUGACUCUCUCCAAAAUUAUCUGCUCUCGGGCAGCUUCCCAACUCCAAACACCUCCUCAGUCAGUGAGUACGGCCACCUGGCUGAUGUGGACCCUCUCUCAGCCUCCCCAGUGCACACGUUAGGUGGCUGGACCUCCCCAGCAACGUCUGAGUCCCACGGUCACCCAUCUUCCUCCACGCUGCCGGAGGAGGAAGAGGAAGAAGAAGAAGAAGGCUACUGCCCUCGAUGCCAGGAGCUGGAACAGGAGGUCAUCUCUUUGCAACAAGAAAACGAAGAGCUCAGAAGAAAAUUAGAGAGCAUCCCAGUGCCCUGCCAGACCGUCCUAGAUUACCUAAAGACAGUGCUGCUACACCACAACCAGCUCCUGCCGCAGCCCGCUGACCAGCCCACCGAGGGAAGCAAGCAGCUGUUGAACAACUAUCCUGUGUACAUAACGAGCAAACAGUGGGACGAGGCUGUGAAUUCCUCCAAGAAGGACGGGAGGCGGCUCCUGCGGUACCUCAUCAGAUUUGUCUUCACCACCGACGAGCUUAAGUACUCAUGCGGCCUUGGGAAAAGGAAAAGGUCAGUGCAGUCAGGAGAGACAGGUCCCGAAAGACGCCCUCUGGAUCCAGUUAAAGUCACUUGCCUCCGAGAAUUCAUUAGGAUGCACUGUACCUCAAACCCUGAUUGGUGGAUGCCCUCGGAGGAGCAGAUAAACAAAGUGUUCAGUGAUGCUGUAGGUCACGCCCGACAGGGGCGGGCAGUGGGGACUUUCCUGCACAACGGUGGCUCAUUUUACGAAGGGAUGGAUCACCAGGCUUCCCAAGAUGAGGUCUUCAACAAGAGUUCACAGGAUGGAUCUGGGGACUAG